AUGAACUUCAGCGGCCUCGUUCAUCUCAUGGUGCUCCUUGCUCUGGGGAUACUGGUACCCUGGAGUGUGGAAGGGGGCAACAAUGAUGCUAUCAAAAUCGGAGCCUGCCCUGAUAGAAAGCCUGCCCAGUGCCUUAAAGGUGAGAAACCAGAGUGCGGUACUGACUGGGAAUGCCCAGGAAAGCAGAGAUGCUGCCAAGAUACCUGUGGUUUCAAAUGCCUGAAUCCUGUUCCCAUUCCCAGACCAGUCAAGAAGAAGUCUGGGAGUUGCCUCAAAUUUCAAGGAAAAUGUCUGAUGCUUAACCCUUCCAAUAAGUGCCAGAACGAUGGCCAGUGUGAUGGCAAAUACAAAUGUUGUGAGGGCAUGUGUGGGAAAUUCUGCCUUCCCGCAGUGUAA